CUCAGCUGUUGCUUCCUCCAAAUUUGCCUGGCCUCGAUAGGUGGGGGAACCGGUGUGAGUAAUCAUGUUUGGACUUGGGGCAAGCCAUCCCUUCCUUGAUUCUGGAUCCUGGUGGUGUGAUCCUCCUGCUUCCGACACCGACCAUUCUCCCUGGGAUGCAGCUGAAAUUUCUGCUUGGCAGAAAAACAUGGAAGAAGAUUCAGCCUUGAUUCCUGUGGAAGGGGCCAACAAAGAAGUUCAGCAGGCAGAAGACCCCGAGCUGGAGGCCAUCAAAGCCAAAGUCCGGGCAAUGGAGAAGGAUGAUGAAUGGUUGCAGGAGCUGCAGAACGAAGCCAAGUCCCUCCUUGUGAGUUCAGACCCAGAUCUUCUGUUACCUAGAAUAAACGAGAAGAAAGUGGAGGCUGACCAGCGCUCAAUCUAUGUGGGAAAUGUAGAUUAUGGAGGAACUGCGGAAGAACUGGAGUCCUAUUUCAACAGCUGUGGACAGAUCAACCGAGUGACUAUCCUUUGUGACAAGUUCUCAGGCCAUCCGAAAGGGUAUGCCUACAUAGAAUUCGCUGACCAAAGCGCUCUCAAAGCAGCCAUGGAACUGGAUGAAGGCACAUUCAGAGGCCGCAUCAUCAAGGUGCUGCCCAAAAGAACCAACUUUCCAGGGAUCAGCUCCACAGACCGCGGUGGUUCCAGGGGUCGCUUCCGAGGACGGGGAGCCCUACCUCGUCAUGCCAGCUUCUGUGGAGGGCAACGUUCCAGGCCCCGUGGCAGAGUAGUCAGGGGCCGUGGGAGGAUACCUGCCUGGUACACGCCUUACUAGCUGGUAAAGGAGACAACUCGAGUGACACACCAGGAGGAAUUCAGAAGGGAAGAGAGGAGGAAGACUAUCUGUAUUUGUUCUUACUUGUCAGCCAUUUGUGAGGAGCCCCUGUCCUGUUGGUCCAGAGAGCAGCCACCCUUCUUCUCCCUGGUAAAUCAAAGCAGUGGGUGGCAAAGAAGCCAAGAGUGGGCACCCAAAUCUU